AAGCCGCCCCCUCUCCUCUGCUUCCUCCACAGAAGUGUACCUCAGGUUCCUGAACAAGGGUCUGGCCGAGGUGAAGAGGUUCUUCCUGGGGCCUUUGUCCCCAUCCUGCAAGAUGGUGCAGAUGAUGCGGCAGUUCCUGUACCAGGUCCUGCCCGAGGACUCCUACAAGUUCGCCUCCGGGAAGCUCCACGUGGGCCUCACCCGCUUCACGGACGGAGAGAGCGUGGUGGUCUCCGAGUACACGUCCAAGGAGGAGCUCAUCGAGGCCCUGUACUGCAGCUGCUUCGUCCCCGUGUACUGCGGCUUCAUCCCCCCGACCUACCGCGGCGUGAGGUACAUCGACGGGGGCUUCACGGGCAUGCAGCCCUGCUCCUUCUGGACCGACUCCAUCACCAUCUCCACCUUCAGCGGGCAGCAGGACAUCUGUCCCCGGGACUGCCCGGCCAUCUUCCACGACUUCCGCAUGUUCAACUGCUCCUUCCAGUUCUCCCUGGAGAACAUCACCCGCAUGACCCACGCCCUCUUCCCCCCGGACCUGGUGAUCCUGCAGGAUUACUACUACCGAGGCUACGAGGACACAGUGAUGUAUUUGAGAAGGCUGAAUGCUGCCUACCUGGAUUCCCCGUCCAGGACAGUGUUGUUCCCCCGUGUGGAAGUGUACUGCCAGAUAGAACUCGCCCUUGGCAAUGAGUGCCCCGAGCGCAGCCAGCCGAGCCCCCCAACACGGCGGGAGGAACCCUCAGAGCUUGGUCCCCAGGGGGACAACGGGGAUGGCCACCCGCCUGUGCCCCAACCUGUGAAGACUCCCCAGUCCACGUGCGAGUGCCCUGUGCAGUCAUCUGUUUCUCCACCUGUCUCUACGUCCAAACAUCCACCUGCACCACCAAAGACCUCAUCACUGCCACUGUCUCCAAGUGAUUUGCCACCUCUGCCACCAACCUCGGGCUCAGCUGGGCACUUAUCACCCAGCCCAAUACCUGGCCCGCCACUGCCUUUUGUACCACCUGAGCUGUCACCUGUGUCACCUGGGCAGCAGAUACAACCAUCUGGACUGCCACUCAGCUCACCACCCUCCCAGGCACAUACAUCACCCAGGCCACCCCUGGGGCCAUCAGCUGCGGGGACAUCACAACCAUCGCCUGGAGGCUCUCCUUUAGUGUCGCCUGCACAACCACCUGUGGAAGAACUGGGCCCAGAACAGCCCCAAGCUCCCCUCGCCUCUGCAAAUUCCGAAAGUGCGGUACCUCGCGUCCUCGUCCCCGGGAAGGAAACCAUCAGCCGGCCUCACGGGACGGAGAGCCCGGCUAAGGAUGCAAACUGGGUGAAUAAGGUAUUCAAGAAGAACAAACCAAAACCAAGCAGCACUCGAAAAGGCUUUCCGAGGCAACCACGGGCCAAAAAACCAGGCAGCAAAGUGCAGUCUGCACCCUGCUCCCUGGAAUUCCCUCUGCUCUCCACAUCCGACAUAGUUUGGGUCACCUACAGGCCUCAUCCCAGCCGGAUCCAGGAACACAGCCGCCCUGAGGUGUGGAAUCCCUCUGGGUGUUCCCCAAGGCCAGACCCUACCUGUCCUCUCCCAGGUUGCUCUACUGACCCCUGAUCCUGUCAAUCCAACUUCAUUUCUGCCCCCACCUUCCCCUUCCUGGUCAUAGUCAAGGACAACAGUAGUCUAUACAGCACCUCGGAAACUAAAGAAAUGACACCCCUUUCUGGAGAACCUGUCAGCAGAUGGAAUGUUGCUAUAUUGAAUUUUGUUAAAACAAGAUCUUGACUGUCAACUGCUAGAAAACUGUACCAAUACCAAGGACAUUUCUAUGCCUAUGAAUUGCCUCCCUUCUUGAUACGGCACCAUACCCUUGCACAGUGUACGACCCGCACAACCGUAUUCAGCUGUCUGGAGACCAUUCCACCCCCACCUCUUCCUGAAACACCAAGUACCACUCGAACUUUUAUAAACUGAAUAAUGUUUCAGACACCCUUUUAUCACCUCCCAGGAGAGCCGCAGAGGACCCUUGAAUAAUAAAGUGAAGCUUCCCACGGACUUAGCAUAAAUCCACAUUUCCAGUUUCCUUACACGAGGUUGGCCAUCACGGGGCCUGGCCACUAGUCAGGGCUGCCCCAGGGGAAUGAAUCAGGAAGCCAUGUCCUUGGUGGAACCCAGGCUAGGGAAGCCCACCCUUGGUGGUGGAGGGGGUUGCCCAGAAGUAAUGGAUCCCUUCCUUUCCCUAGGAAGCCGUGAACCCGGAGAGGAAACGGGAGCUGGAGUGGGAGGGGACCUGAGGAGCCCAGACCCGCCUCCCUGCUGCUCUCAGUGUUUGAUUAACAAAUCCUGGAAUGCAAAACCCAGGGGCCAACCGUCCAGGGCCAGGAGCCCAGGGAGGGAGGGUGCGGAUGUGAACUGAGAUGGGGCCUGUGGGGGGGGAGCCCGGGUCCCUGGGACUGUGUGUCCUCUGCCUCCUUGGCUGCUCCUGUGGCCCAGACAAGGGAACAGCUGGGGGUCUGUGUGGCGGAGAAGAGGAGGGGCCCCCAGAGUGGCUCUCCUGGCCACCAGCCUUUCGCCCAGGCUAGCCUCUGUGUUCUCAGCAGUUGAGAGGCAGGUGAUGCCCAGGAAGGGGGGUUCUGUCUUCUGGGGAACACUUAUUCCUUGGUACAUAGGAGAAUUGAACUUACUGAUGAUUAUUGUCUUCGUUCUGUAUUUAGAGCCUAGACGCUUUCAAUAUCAGUUAAAGGAUCAAUAAAUCCCCUUG